UAGAAACCGGAACUCGCUAACAACACGUUGACUAAAUAACUUAGGAGCAUAUGCUAGAGGGAAUUCGCUCCGGCUGGAUGAAAAAGAGAACUACCAGCCUCAGAAAUGAGUUCAACAUUUGUUUUUAUAGGUGGUGCCCUCUUAGUCCUUCUACUAGCAGGAUAUCUUGGGCAGAUGUAUAUGCCUCCUCCUAAGCCAAAGAUUGUUGGAAUUGAUUUAGGUACCACCUACUCAUGUAUUGGGAUGUUUCAUGCUGUAACAGGUGUUAUCGAUAUUCUUGAAGUACAGGAUGGUCAUCGAUGUAUACCUAGUGUAGUAGCAUUCAGUGAUGAUGGUGUCCUUGUGGGUUACAAAGCAGUGGCCCAGUCUGAGCAUAAUCCAAAAAACACAUUGUAUGAUGCCAAGAGAUUUAUCGGCAAGCGGUUUGAUAGAGAAGAACUUGAAACUUUACAGAAGCAGUAUGCCUUUAAGCUAGAAGCUGACGAAUAUGGAAUGAUUCGAUAUGUGGUGAAUGUGAACAAAACCGAAAAACGCAUAACUCCUGAGCAAGUGGGGUCAGUGAUCAUCAGCACUCUGCGAAAAGCAGCGGAGGCUAACUUGUCUGUACCUGUCAAUAAAGUUGUUAUGUCAGUGCCUGCUGAAUUUGAUCCAAUUCAACGCAACUUUACAAUGAAGGCUGCAUCUUUGGCUGGCAUGGAGGUAUUAAGAGUUAUCAAUGAGCCAACAGCAGCUGCGCUGGCCUAUGGUCUACACAAGAAAGCAGGACUACACAACGUGCUCGUCAUAGACCUUGGUGGGGGCACUCUGGAUGUCUCGCUGCUGAAUAUACAAGGUGGAAUGUUCCUUACACAGGCUAUGGCUGGCAAUAACCGCCUUGGAGGCCAAGACUUCAAUCAGCGGCUUCUGGAUCAUAUGAUGGGUGUUGUCCAAGAGCGUUUUGGUCAGGUUUUAGAAGACAAGGCGGAUAUUCAAGCACUGAGGUUACAUGUAGAAGAAGCCAAGCUGAGCCUCACAAGCCAUGAACAGACAACAAUCAAGAUGACACUUCAUUCCCUGGGAAAUAAGAAACUUCAGGAACCUGUCUCCAGGACAUUAUUUGAAGACCUAAAUUAUGAUCUUUUUAAGAAAACCCUUCAACCCAUUGACAAAGUUCUAGAAGCUGCCAACUUGCAAAGUUCAGAAGUAGAUGAGAUAGUACUAGUUGGCGGCUCCACUAGGAUACCUAAAGUGAGAGAGCUUGUACAAGACUAUUUUGGCAAGAAGCCUAACACAGCUGUAGACCCAGAGCUGGCUGUUGCCAGUGGUGUGGCUAUUCAGGCAGGAAUCAUUGGCGGCAUGUGGCCAUUGACAGUCAGUGCUGUAGAGUUACCCACAAAAGUGCGCAAAAUACAUGUGCCAUAGUCUUAGUGUGAAAACACUGUAUAAAAGGGUAUCUGAUGUUUAGAAUUCUCCAUCUUUUGAACAGAUUUGUUUUUCUACUGGUAUAAAUAACUACUUUUCAGAGUUGCUAAGCUAUCAAAACUAUCAAAUUCUCCUUGUCCUUACACAUUUCAAUUGUAAUUCAAUUGCAAAUUUGUUUUCAAAUGCCUAGGUUAAGUUCAUUAUAAAAUAUUGAUUUACAGGAAAAAAAAGUCAACAAAUAACUAUUCCCUGAAAAGAUACAUCAUUUGGAUCACCGAAAUUCUCACUUGCAGCUUCUUGAAGUCAAUACCACAUUUCCUGAAAUAUUUGUUAAGUGGGUUUUCUAUUAUAGUAAUACCACAUUAGUUUUGGGUCGAAGAUCUUGAAUUAGUUGUACCCUUAUGUCAGAAUUCAUGUGAUUCUCUAAAAGAAAAAUUAUUCAUAAAUACACAUCGGUUCUUUCAAUGUUUCCUUGAUGUGACAGUACCCUUGAGCUUCUUUUCAAACUGGAUAUUGUGAAUGAGAGAGAAUGUGUGUUUGUAUGUGUGGUUGGAUGCAUGGGUGUUUGGGGGUGUAUGGUGUAUGUUUCACCACAUCUCUUUUUAAGAAUGUUCUCUUUACAGGAAAAGCACCUUCGCAGUAAGCCACAUUCAUUUAUGACAGUGUAAGUUUUUCAAAGCACAAACAGACUCGAGUGGUGUAUAUUUAAUUAGCAUGACAUGCUCCCUUUUAUAUAAUGUGUACAUUCCUGGUAAAUUAUUGUUGAAAUCUUAACUGCCUUGAUGUUACACUGUGAUGGAUUGGUCUCAUGUUCUCACUUUACUGUGAUGGAAACUAUGGUAAAAGAAAAUAAAAAGACACUUCAAAUUUAGCAUUGUUGGGAUUUGGAAAAAUAAUACAUUUAUGAUUUUCAAAUGCAGAUGAUAGUAUUUUUUCAAGAAAAGGCCCAUAAUGUAUUGUACCCAUAUUUAUCAUACAUAAAAAUGAAGCAGUAAAGCAUUAUUCUGUG